AUGGCAUCAUCUAAUACCCUACAAAAGGCCAUUGACCUAGUAACAAAAGCAACCGAAGAAGAUAAAAAUAAAAAUUAUGAAGAAGCAUUAAGGUUGUAUGAACAUGGGGUUGAAUAUUUUCUUCAUGCUGUAAAAUAUGAGGCUCAAGGUGAAAGAGCCAAGGAGAGUAUUCGAGCUAAAUGUUUGCAGUAUCUGGAUAGGGCGGAGAAAUUAAAGGAAUACCUUAAGAAGGAUCGUAAGAAAAAGCCUGUCAAGGAUGGAGAAUCAAAUUCAAAGAGUGAAGACAAAAAAAGUGACAGUGAUAGUGAUUCUGAUGAUCCUGAGAAGAAGAAGCUACAAGGGAAACUGGAAGGUGCCAUAGUGGUUGAGAAGCCGCAUGUCAAAUGGAGUGAUGUAGCUGGCCUCGAAGGAGCAAAGGAAGCAUUGAAGGAGGCAGUUAUACUUCCUAUAAAAUUUCCUCAUCUAUUUACAGGUAAAAGGAUACCUUGGAAGGGUAUCUUAUUGUUUGGUCCACCAGGUACUGGUAAAUCAUAUUUAGCAAAGGCUGUUGCUACUGAAGCCAACAAUUCUACAUUCUUUUCUGUGUCAUCUUCUGAUCUUGUUUCUAAAUGGCUUGGUGAAUCAGAGAAGUUAGUAAGAAAUUUGUUUGAUCUCGCUCGACAACAUAAACCAAGUAUCAUAUUUAUAGAUGAAAUAGAUUCCCUUUGUUCAUCUCGCUCAGAUAAUGAGUCUGAAUCUGCUAGGCGGAUAAAGACUGAAUUCCUUGUCCAGAUGCAAGGUGUUGGCAAUGAUAUGGAUGGUAUAUUAGUACUUGGAGCAACAAAUAUACCUUGGGUUCUUGAUGCUGCUAUCAGAAGGCGAUUUGAAAAACGUAUUUACAUUGCCCUACCUGAAGAGCAUGCUAGAUUGGAUAUGUUUAAGCUGCAUCUUGGAAACACCAGGCAUCAAUUAUCAGAGCAAGACUUAAAAGUUUUAGCUGCUAAAACAGAUGGCUACUCUGGGGCUGACAUAAGUAUUGUUGUCCGAGAUGCUUUGAUGCAGCCUGUACGUAAAGUACAAUCAGCCACUCACUUCAAGAAAGUGUCUGGACCAAGUCCAACUGAUCCCGAUGUAAUAGUGAAUGAUCUUCUCACUCCUUGUUCUCCCGGUGACCCAGGGGCAGUUGAAAUGACUUGGAUGGAUGUACCUAGUGAUAAGUUAGGAGAGCCACCAGUUACUAUGUCUGAUAUGUUGAGAUCCUUGGCAACAUCAAAGCCAACUGUUAAUGAUGAUGAUAUGAUCAAACUUAAGAAGUUUAUGGAAGACUUUGGCCAAGAGGGU